AUGGAGUUUUCCGAGGAGCUGGACGGAUUUUUGGUCCGUAACGGACCAUCCAAUCCGGGUCCGGACCAUUUGGCCGGUCCGGACCCGACCAUUCAUUUUUUUUUCAUUAAUUUAUUUGCUCUAAUCCAUCUUGUUCAAUCAAAACUGAGUCUUUAUCCUUCUUACUAUAAAGCCCUUUUGCUUAUCCAAAAGGACUUGGACUUCCAUGGUCAGCGACGGAGUCGAUGCCACUCCGCCGGAAUAUUCUGUGAAUGGAGAUUCACAAACAAUUCCUAUGUACUCAAAGUCACCCGUCUGGUGUUUGAGUCCCAAAAUUUGACGGGAAUAAUUUCUACGGUAGUCGGAAAACUCUCUGAGCUUAAAGAACUUUCCCUUCAAAACAACGAACUCUUCGGCCAAAUCCCUACUGAAAUUUUUCAACGCCAGAGACUUGAGAUGUUCAACAUUAGGAAGAAUCAAUUUUCCGGCGAAGUUCCGGAGGGACUUUCGUCGUUAAUUCGCCUUCGUGUUCUUGAUAUUUCGUCGAAUAAAUUUUCCGGGAGCUUGAAAUUCUUGAACAACUUUCCCAAUCUGGAAAAACUGAACCUUGCUGAUAAUAUGUUCGCCGGAAAACUCCCUUUAUCGUUGAGGUCUUUUCGGAAUCUUCGAUUCAUCAACAUCUCCGGCAACACUUUACUGGAAGGUCCAUUGCUUGUAAUAAAUCAAUUGGAGCAUUUAUCGUCGGAAAAUAUUCAAAAUCGUUAUAUUUUAGCUGAGAAAUCAAUGGAAAGAAACCUUACAUCUGCAAGGGCAAUGGCCCCUUCUUCGAGUAAAGGCCUUAAUGGCAUUCAUGCUGAAGCUUCGUCCCCCACGGCGACGACAAAACAUAAACAUAAGAAGACGAAGAGGAAAAUACUCUGUCAGGUAAUCGGACUUCUAGUCGGAACUUUUGCUGGUAUUCCUUCGGGAUCGGUAUUGUAUUUUCUCUUGAAGUUUAUCACUUUCUUGAUCGAAGGACAAAAGAUGGACAGAAGUUUGGCGAUUUUUAGCAUGUUGAUCAAGAAUCCCAAGGACCUAGCUUUUCUCGGGAGAGAGGAUGGAUGGAAUGGACUGAAUGUUAUCGGACGAGGUGGAUGUGGAGAAGUUUACAAGUCAACUUUACCGGGAACAAAUGGAAAGGAAAUUGCUAUAAAGAAGAUAAUUCAGCCUUCUCGGGAUGCAGAAGAGCUUGCUGAGGAAGACAGCAAACAUCUGAACAAGAAGAUGCGACAGAUUAGGUCAGAAAUUCAGACGUCGAGUCAAAUCAGACAUAGGAAUCUGCUUCCUCUAUUAGCCCAUUUGUCACGGCCUGACUGCCAUUAUCUUGUGUAUGAAUACAUGAAGAACGGUAGUCUACAAGAUGUUCUCGAAGCUGUCUCGAAAGGGAGACGAGAAUUAGACUGGCUCGCACGAUACAAGGUUGCCAUAGGAGUAGCUUCGGGACUUGAGUAUCUACACUUGAAUCAAACCCCAAGUAUUAUUCACAGAGACCUCAAGCCGGCUAAUAUCCUUCUCGAUGAUGAAAUGGAAGCCCAAAUUACAGAUUUCGGGCUUGCAAAAGCCAUGCCCGAAGCUAACACACACGUUACAACUUCAAAUGUGGCCGGAACGGUAGGAUACAUUGCCCCGGAGUACUACCAAACUUCACAGUUCACUGAGAAGUGUGAUAUAUAUAGCUUCGGCAUAGUGCUUGGCGUUCUGGCGAUGGGCAAGUUCCCAUGGGACGACUUCUUCCAACACACAGACGAAAUGACUUUAGUGGGGUGGAUGAGAAAUGUGAUGACAUCUGACGAUCCGAAAAGGUCAAUCAAUCCUAGACUCCUCGGAAAUGGAUACGAAGAGCAGAUUCUUUUGGUUCUCAAGAUUGCUUGUUAUUGCACCUUGGAUAAUCCAAAAGAGUGGCCCGACAGUAAGGAAGUUAGAUGCAUGUUAACUCAAAUUUAG